GGAGGAUCACCUCUCCUCCCCUCCUCCUGCUGUUUGGCCCAAGCAAUGGAGGCUCGAGAAGUUGUGUCUGCUCGGCAUGGGAUUCGCGUGUGCUGUGCAGUCGCUGGCCCCGAGAGCAGACGCCGAGGCGACCAGCUUUGCGGAGGCAGCGACGUCCCCGCCGCCGCCGCCCAGGCCGAAGCCGAAGCCCUUCUGGCUGGACCCUAAGGAGCGAGACCUCGAGUACGUGCUGGGGCGGGCGCAGGAGGCUGCCGCCGCGGCCAGAGCCGCCGUUGGCCACGCGCAGGCUCUGGCGCGCACCGCCGCGCGGGCGGAGCCGGCCGUGGGCCGGCUGUGCCCCAGGGUGGCCCCUGGCCGCCGCGCGGGAGCAGCGUUGGAGUACGAGACCUCGACUACCCAGUGCCACCACCUGGUCAGCAGCCUGAAGGCGGCGAUCCGUCAGUCUCACCAGGCCGUCGAGGGGGCCGCGCAGUCGCAGCGCUCGCUGGAGCUGGCCGCCAAUGCCACACUACAGGCCCUGCUGAACCCCGCGGUGCUGGCGCGCCCUGCAAAGUACAACGCGUACAUGCGCGCCGGCAGCGCCCCCGAGGGGCUCCCCGGCAGACGGUGCCACAUGGAGUGCGCCCACCUGGCGGCGGACGCCCCGCGCCGUGGGGCGCCGCCGGGCGGCGAGCCGCCGGGGCCCCCGCUGCCCGCCUUCGUGCGCCUGCCGCCGCCCGCCUUCCUGUGACGCCCCGCCCCGCGGCCGAGCGGCCCCGCCCGAGGGGGCGCGCGCGCGCGCGCCCGGGCGGGCGCGAGACCGCCGG